AUGGUUGGGAUUGUACCUGAAGUAUUCAAAGAAGAAAACUAUGAGUUUUGGAAAACAUGCUUAAAAAGUUACCUAGUUGGUCAUGGUCUAUGGGAUGUGAUCGAGAGGGAAGCUACACCAGCUGAGGGGGAAAAAUCACCAGAAUGGAAAAUGAAGAAUGCUCGAGCUUUACAUGCUAUUCAACUCGCGUGUGGAUCACAAGCUUAUGCCAAGUUCAAGAAGAAGACGCAUGUUUCGGCUAAAUUUGCUUGGGAUCACUUGGCUGAGUUGCAUCCUAGCCCAUCCCUCCAUACCAAAGAUCAACAUGACCAAGAUGUCUCUGAGGUUCAGGGGCACUUUCAAUAUGAAGAAUUAUACCAAGCUGUGGAAGCGGAUGACAUUAAUCAAGUGAAUGAAAUUCUCAAGAAAGACCCAGAUGCGGGAAAAGCAGUCGUUUCUUCUCAUGGAGAUACGGCUCUUCACAUUGCAAUCCUCUCAGAUAAAAUGAAUAUUGCACUAGCUUUGGUAGAGAAGAUGCCCCUGCAAGGAUUAGAAACUUUCAAUGAAUUUGGUGCCACUCCACUCUCUCUAGCCGCUAUAACCGGGAAUAUUGAAUUGGCUAGAACCAUGAUAAACAAGAAUCACAACUUGGUUAGCUUAAGAAAGGAACAUAAUGGGGAAAGUUCACUCCCUGUUAUUGUGGCUUCAAUGUAUGGUAAAAAGCGAAUGGUUCAAUAUCUCUACUCCGUGACUCCAAAAGACGUGUUAGAUCCCGAGAAUGGAUUAGAUGGUGUGUUGCUUUUAAAUAGUUUGAUCACUUCAGAAUUAUUUGAUGUUGCUUCUAUGCUACUCAAACACUUCCCCCAGUUAGGAGUCAUCCCGGAUCAUAAUGGCAAUUAUGCUCUUCAUAUAUUGGCACACAAGCCUUCUGCAUUUGCAAGUGGAAGCAAGUUUUCAUUCUGGAAACACUGGAUCUAUGAAUGUGUGCGUAUACAUUCUCCAUGGGAUGCUGACACCCAAAGAACUAAGAGGUCAAAUGGCUCUGAACAUGGAAUCGAUAUCCAUGAUGAAGAAGAAUUCUUCAAGCGACCAAGCUUACUACAUCAGCUGGGGUGGAUCCUGCUACGAUCGUUUGGUAUAUAUGCAAUACUUUGUACGCACUUCUGUAUAUGA